UUAUUUGUGUUUUUUCUAAAACUGUUGUUGAGUCUAAAAAAAAAAACCUCAGCGGAACGUUUCGUUUCUACGGAAACAACAGCGGAAGGGAAAGUCGGCAGGACUGCAGCCCCGGACAGAAGUAACGGUGACACCACUUGGAUACAUGUGAGUGAUAGUGUCACAGUGGAUACAGAGCGAUGCGGCGGCUGUACGUCGGCGGGUUGAGCCACUCGAUCACCCAGAAAGAUCUGAAGGAUCGAUUCGGAAAGUUUGGAGAGGUGGAGGAUGUGGAGCUCCGGACCAGGAGGGACGACGAGGGUGUUCCUUACAAAACCUUCGGCUACGUUAACAUCAACAUCUCAGAGGCCGACCUGAAGAAGUGUUUGACGGUACUGAACAAGUCAAAAUGGAAAGGAGGAACUCUGCAGAUCGAAACAGCCAAGGAGAGUUUCCUGCACAGACUGGCUGAGGAGCGGCAGGCGGCAGCAGAGCAGCAACUUCAGCCUGCAGCUGAGGACAAGCGACAGAAGAUGCUGGAAUCUCUGAGCAAAGCCGGCGUGGAAAACUUCAACAUGAAGGCUGCGGUGCCAGGGACUGAAAUACCAGGACACAAGGACUGGGUGGUCAGUAAAUUUGGACGAGUCCUCCCCGUCCUGCAGCUCCGGUGUCAGAAAGGCAGCAGAGCCCGAACCGUGAAGUACGACCCGUCAAAAUACAGCCACAACAUCCGCAAGCUGGACCGAGGCGCCGAGGACCAGCACACACCCGUCACUCAGCUCACCUGGGAGCUCCAGGGAGGAGAUGACGACAUCAGCAAGAAGAGGCGUGGAGAGUUCCCUCCGUUUGAGCCAUCGAGACCCAAGAGGAGUCGGACGGACGUGGUCAACUCCCAUAAUGCCGUGGGAAGAGCCAGUUCUAAGCAGACCGUCACAUCUGUCAGUCACACUGCAGCACAUCAGGUCACCAACGGACACGAACAACCAGCCAACCACAGACCGGCUCAGAGGAGGUGGGCAGUGACCGUCAGUGAUGUCGAUUCAGACGAGGAAAUCCGCAGAAUGGUGCAGGCUCAGAACACCUCUCAGUAUGCACUGCAGCAGGAUGUGGACGAGGAAAAACUGGAAGUGGUCGGACUCGACUACUUGGUGAAGUCUGGAAACUCCCGUCAGCAGCAGAGAGGAGGCCAAGAUGACGAAGAAGAGAACGACUACGACUCUGCUGACACAGAUGAACUCCUCGCUGCCAGGAAACCUCCUCCUCCUCCUCCUCCUCCACCCCAGGAGAGACUGACUGUGCCCCCUGCAGAACAGCUCCCAAAAAACAACACGGACAAGAGGAGAAAUACAAAGAAGACAAGUAAAGCUGAGGAGGAAGAGAACGAUUCAACAGACGAAGAAGAUGAUCUCACCUCCAGGAAACCUUCCUCCUCACAGCAGAGAGGGGAUUCUGGUAAACCGAUUAAAAAGAAAAUGAAAGUCCUUCCUGUUGUUAAACCACCUUCUUCAGAAUCAGAUAGUGACAAUGAGGAUGAAAGUGAGGACGACGAAGAUGAGGAGUUGGAAUCAGCAGAUUGCAGUUCAGAUUCUGAUUAUGAGGCCAUGUUUUCCAAUGUCACCCAUCUGGAGAUCUCCUUCGCUGAUCUCAAGAGGCUAGCUGAAGAAUCCCAACAGACUACAGCUCCCAGCAGCCUCGGCACCUCCUCUGAACAAGAAGAUAACCUCAAGUCUGCUCCAAAGAAAGGCAUCAUGCCAGAGGAGAUCCUCGCCGCCCUCAUGGAGGACAGCAGCGGGGACGAACGGAAGAAGAAAAAGAAGAAAAGAAAAGCCGUCGUGUCAACGCCACUGCCUGCCUUCCAGGGGACGAGUGUGCUAAACGAGGGAUCAGAAACAGAGGAGUGUCAGAGAAGACAGGAAGAGGAAGAGGAAGAGGAAGAGGAGGGGGGGAAAGAAAGUAAGGUCAAAAAACAGAAGCUGGAUUCUAAAGCUCCUCAGCUGGACCAGAGAACAACAGACAGCAAAACCAGCAGAACUGUUGGCAAACAGAAACACACAGAAACAGAGAAGACGACUUCAGAGAGCAGUGAGGAAGAAGAAGAAGAAGAGAAUGUGAUUGCUCCAAAAGUUUUAAAAGUGGUUCCAGCUAAAGCCGCAGUCAAUUCUGAGAAAGCUGCAACUGAUUCCUCCUCGAGUAGUGAGGAUGAGGAGGAGGUCAAACAGACUGCUCUUACAGCUAAGGUUGCAGCAACAGAUGAACCUUCAUCCUCCAGCUCCUCCUCUGAAGAAGAGGAGGACGAGCAAGAGCUGAUUCCUGCCAAAGAUGCUGUGAAAUCGGCACCUCCUCCUGCUCCUCACAGGGAGUCCUCAUCCAGCGAGGAGACAGAGGAGGAGGAGGUAAAGCCGGCUCCUCCCCGGGUGCUGUUAGGAGCCAAAGAGGAAGAGGAGCUGCAGAGGAAGGCCAACAUGAGGAGGCUGGCUGCCGUCCAGCAGAGACAGAAAGAGGCUGAAGAACACAAGAAGCUCAUUCAGGGAGCUCUCGCCAAACUGGACGCUCCGAAGCCAGGAGCAGGAAAACACAUCGUCUUUGGCUCCGAUGAUGAUGAGGAUGAUGACGAUAAGGCUGAGAAUGUAGAGAAGAAACAGUCAACCUCAGAAGCCACAACUAAGAAGACACUGUUCCAGGACAGCCAAUCAGAGGACGAUUCCACAGAUGAUGAGGCAUCAGCCAAUGAGAACAAAACAAUAAAAGAAAAGGUGUGCCCGAAGUCGUCCGUUCCUCAGCUGUUCAGCGGCAGUGAGGAUGAGGAGGAUAGUGAUGAAGAAAAGGACGGCAGCAGGUUUGACAUCAGGCCUCAGUUUGAAGGUCCAGCAGGACAGAAGCUGAUGGCGCUGCAGUCUCGCUUCGGGACGGAUGAACGUUUCCGGAUGGACUCUCGCUUCCUGGAGGAUGACGUGGCUGAAGAAGAGGAGUCAGAGAAAAAAACAAGUGUGACGGAGGAAGAAGACGCUCUGGAGGAGGAGAGGAAGAAGAACUUGUCCAUCUUGCAGAGCGUCCUCGGCAGCAGUCAACAAACCAGCAGCACCAAGACGGCCAGCAAGGCCAAGACCUUCAGAGAUGUCUCAGCGCUGCAUUACGACCCCAGCAAAGAGGAACACGCUGCAUUUGAGACCAAGAGUGAGGAACCCAAGGAAAGCAAGUCGGCCAGGAGGAAAAAGAGGGAAGAGGCUCAGAAGCUCCCGGAGGUUUCUAAAGAGAUUUACUACGAAGUGUCUGGCGACCUGAAGGCCGUGUUCAGUCAGGCGAACCAAGACGCUGCAGGAGAAGAGAUGAUGAACUGGGACCAAGAGGAGGAACAGAAGGAAGAAGAGAAGGAAGAGGAGCCGACCCCGCUGUCAUCUCUCCUCACGGCUGAUGCCAGCGCAGAGAAAGAGACGUCGUCUGGAUUUAAAUUCUCCUUCUUUGGAGACGACACAGAACCAGAGAGUAAAGAGACAGAAGAGUACAAGGUAGAGAGCAUCGAGACGCCAAAGGUGUCAUGGCAACAAGACCCGCGUUUCCAAGACAGCAGCUCAGAGGAGGAUGAGGACGAGCAGGAGGAAGACAAGGAGCAGAGCAGCAUCACAGUUAAAACCACAGAAGACGAGACGCCUUCAAAGACAGAUCUGUUCUUCUUCUUCCGUCCUGAAGACAGCAGACUCACAGAGGGUCCGAGGCUGUUCUGUCGCUCCUCUCACCUGGAGGAGCAGAGGGAGCAGUGGGAGGAGAGGAGGAGCGCGCUCAGACAGGAGUACCGCAAGAAACACAAGGACGCCAGGAGGAAGCUGAAGUCCUCCCAGAAGAGCUGAGGAUUAUGGGAUUUCAGUUGGAUUUCAUUAUCAGGAGCUGACGGUUCCCUCGUGGUGCCAUUUUGUGCCUCAGACUGAUUUCAACAGUCGGCGGGUUGAAGACUGUGAAGAAAAGUUCAAGAUCAUCAGAGUAUCAUAUUUAUAUUUUAUUUUGGUAAAUACUGAGAGAUAUUUUGUGGUCAGAGCUUCUUGUUCAAAAUCUGGUUUGGGGUUCCUUGUUAGUCGCCAUGGAAACGGUGCUGCAAAUGAACUUCUUCAUGACAAUUAGCAGCAACUGUCAAUCGCAGCUUCAUGGGACCAAACCUGUUGUAAAGAUAUCAAUAAACAGAUAAACUUCAUAA